CCCCACUCCCGAAGAAUCUUCCACACCCAAAAUUUGGUUAAACUUGGGCGGCAGAGUCUAAUUAGGGUUUAAUUACAUCCCACUAAACUAGGGUUUUGUCACUAAUUUUCUUAUUAAUUACAGAUUUAAUCCACUCAACCUCUCCAUAUAAAUAUACACACACACGCCUUCGGAUUUUACCAACCAAAACCCUAAUUCAUUCAAUCCCUUCUUCUAACUUUUUGCUUGUUUGGUAAUUCCGAUGGCGUCAGAGUCCGCGGCGAGAUCUACCGGCAAGGUUAAUUGGUUUAACGAUACGAAAGGCUAUGGUUUCAUUGCUCCAGACGAAGGUGGUGAUGAGCUGUUCGUUCACCAAUCCGCAAUUGUUUCCGAAGGUUACCGGAGUUUAGCUGUCGACGAUUUGGUUGAGUUCUCUAUUACUCAGGGAAGCGACGGCAAGACCAAAGCCGUCGAUGUAACUGCUCCCGGUGGUGGUCCUCUUAAGAAGGAGAACAAGUCUCGCGGUGGCGGUGCUAGGCGCGGAGCUGGAGGAGACGGUUGUUACAAGUGUGGCGAUGCAAGCCACUUUGCUAGGGAUUGCUCUCAGAAAUCAGAUGGGAACGGGGCAGACCAGCGUGGAGCUAGGAAAGAUGGCUGUUACAGUUGCGGUGGCGAGGGUCACUUCGCUAGGGAUUGUACUCAGAAACCAGUUGGGAACGGAGCAGACCAACGUGGAGCCAGGAAAGAUGGUUGUUACAAUUGCGGUGGCGAUGGACACUUGGCUAGGGAUUGUACUCAGAAAGCGGUGGCUGGAAACGUGAGAAGCGGCGGCGUCAGUGACCGUAGUGGUGGACCUUGUUAUACAUGUGGUGGAGUUGGUCACUUGGCAAGAGAUUGUGCGACUAAGAGACCGCCCGGUAAAUGUUACCAUUGUGGUGGUCUUGGUCACUUGGCUCGUGAUUGUGACCGGAGAGGAAGCGGUGGUGGAGGUAACAGUUGUCACCGUUGUGGCGAGGAAGGUCACUUUGCUAGGCAAUGUGCUGUUGCUUAAUUGCUUUCCUUCUCAACAAAAGAGAGAAUGAAACUGAAUCGAGUUAUUUAUAUAUUUCUCUUCGUUUUCUUUUCUUUUUUUUUGUUGUUGAUGGGAAUGAAACUGCCUGGUCCUUUUGGUGUUUUUGACUUCUUAUUAUUAUUAUACUACAAAGAGAGAGUGAUCCCUUUUCUUCUUGUUAUAACCAUCUCCUUUAGUGUUUGUCUUUGACAUGGAUGCUCUUUUCUUUUCUAUCUGUUUCCGGAAAUUUUGACCUCAUAUUGCUUAUGUCAUCCCAACUUUUGAGUUUUGUCCUUUUGUUGUUGAAUUGUUACUUGUUUCAGUUUAUUGCUUUUGUACUA